UGUCUAUAAAUUUUUUAUAGACAACAUUUUUUCGUUCAGUCAGCCACCAACAGCGGGACGCACAACCUAUCCUCUCUCUCUCAGUGUGUCGGUUUUAUUUCUUGUCGCUUUAAUUAGACAUUAAUUUUUCAAACACUAUUUCGAAAUGAUUAGUUUCAGUAGUUUGAGAAUUCUCAUAUUUACUACACUUUUAUUCGUUGAUGCCACACGCCAAAGCAAUGUAGAAAUUCUCACGAAAUCCGAUCUCUUCAUCCCGUUGGAGCAGCCGACGGAGCCAAAAGUACUUUUCAAUACAAAUUUAGAUGAAAGCGAUGCUGAGUAUUGGAAAAGAGAUGCUCAAAACUAUUUAAAAAAUGUUAUUGAUGGCCCAAAGAAAGAGCGGGUGGAAAAAAUGAAGCAGAAAAAAGCUAAAAAUAUUAUUUUAUUUCUUGGAGACGGUAUGUCGUUAGCAACCGUAGCAGCGGCACGAAUGUAUUUGGGAAAUGAAAACAAGCAACUGUCAUUCGAGCAAUUCUCUCAUUUCGGCUUAUCUAAGACAUAUUGUGUAGAUAAGCAGGUAGCUGAUUCUGCUUGUUCCGCAACUGCUUAUUUGAGCGGGGUUAAAGCCAACUAUGGAACAAUGGGUCUGAGUGCAAAGGUGCCUAUAAACGAUUGCAAAGGUCAAAAUGAUCCAACCAAACAAACAGUGUCUAUUGCAAAAUGGGCACAAGAUCAAUGCAAAGACACUGGUUUAGUUACAAAUGCUAAAGUCACCGAUGCAUCACCGGGCGGACUCUAUUCGCAUAUUGCAAAUCGUAAUUGGGAAAAUGAUAAAGAGCUGCGCAAAAACGGUUGCGAUCCAGAUGAAACUUUAGACAUUGCACGGCAACUUGUUGAAAAUGAAGUAAGUAAAAAAAUGAAAGUAGUUUUGGCUGGUGGUCGAGAGGAAUUUCGUGAUUCGUCGGUGUUGGAUGAGGAGGGCAAACCUGGAAAACGUGGCGAUAAACGAGAUUUAAUUAAAGAAUGGGUUGACAGCCGAACGAAACAGGGAAAGACACAAUUUGUUUACGAUAAACAAGGCUUAAGUACUGUUGCCAAUAACACAGAAUAUUUGCUGGGACUUUUUAACAAUGGCCACUGUCCAUACAAUACUGUAAUCGUCGAUAAAAAAAUGCAAAAGCCAACACUCACCGAAAUGACAGAGGCUGCAAUCAAACAUAUGUUGAAACAAAAGAACGAUAAUGGUUUCUUCUUGUUUAUCGAAGGUGCACUCAUCGAUAAAGCCCAUCACGAUAACUACGCUCGCAUUGCACUUGAUGAAACGAGAGAGUUUGCCAAAGCCAUUGCACUUGCACAAAGCAUUACGAACGAAAAUGAAACUCUAAUUGUCGUCACUUCCGAUCACGCACACACAAUGACCUACAAUGGACAUUCGAAACGUGGUAAUGAUGUUCUUGGAUUAAGCUCUGAAAUCGCUAUGGACGGUUUACCAUAUACAACUUUAAGCUAUGCAAAUGGUUUGGGGUAUUAUUAUACCUACCAUGAGAAUGGCACACGCAUCGAUUUAUCGAACACCAACUUAUCGAAUCCAUAUCAUAAUUAUCCGGCCACUAUUCCACUUCUGUCCGAAACGCACGGCGGUGAAGACGUUGGAAUCUAUGCAACUGGACCCAAAUCACAUCUAUUCGUAGGUAAUUACGAACAAUCAUACAUUCCCUUAUUAAUGGCAAAUGCUGCUCAAAUCGGUCCAUUUGCCAAAGAAAAUGAGAAGUGCUAUAGCAAGGCACCAGGAGGAUCUACAUCAGCGUCGAGGAUAAUAUCUCCAAAUGUUAUGCUGCUAUUCGUUUUACUGUCACCUAUGAUUUUAUCAAAAAUUAUUAGAUCUUGAUUCAUUUGAAAUUAUUCUUAUGAAUUCUAUUCUAAUUUUAAAUAUAAUACAAUAUAAAAUUGUUUUUUUUUUUUAAGUGCCGAAUUUUAGUUAAGUAAAUUAUAUGAGAUUUCCAUUGCGAGAAAUCCGGCAGAAUUACCUGAAUAAUUUCCAUCAAUGGAUUUGUUGAACAUUUAUUUAAGAGUAUUAUUUUUUAUGUUAUUUAUGAACAAUGUAAAGACUUUAAGUUCCUAGAUUUAAGCAGAGAUUUAACCAAAAAAA